AUGGAGCGGAAGACGAUUGAUUUGGACCAAGGAUGGGACUAUAUGCAGACUGGUAUUACCAAGCUGAAACGGAUUCUGGAAGGACUUCCUGAGCCGGCAUUUGACUCUGAGCAAUAUAUGAUGCUUUACACGACCAUCUACAACAUGUGCACUCAGAAACCUCCUCAUGAUUACUCACAGCAGCUUUAUGACAAGUAUCGCGAAGCAUUUGAGGAAUACAUUAACUCAACUGUUUUGCCUGCUUUAAGGGAGAAGCAUGAUGAAUAUAUGCUGCGGGAGUUGGUCAAAAGAUGGGCUAACCAUAAAGUUAUGGUUAGAUGGCUAUCUCGAUUCUUCUACUAUCUUGACCGUUACUUCAUUGCUCGGAGAUCACUUCCACCACUGAAUGAAGUUGGCCUGACAUGCUUCCGUGACCUGGUUUAUAAUGAGCUGCACUCCAAGGUCAAAGAAGCUGUUAUAGCACUUGUUGAUAAGGAACGGGAGGGCGAGCAGAUUGAUAGGGCUCUACUGAAAAACGUAUUAGAUAUUUAUGUAGAGAUUGGUAUGGGACAGAUGGAAAGAUAUGAAGAAGAUUUUGAAAGCUUCAUGCUUCAAGACACAGCGUCUUACUAUUCUCGCAAGGCAUCAAGCUGGAUCCAGGAGGAUUCUUGUCCGGAUUAUAUGCUCAAGUCUGAAGAAUGUCUAAAGAAGGAGAGGGAGAGGGUGGCCCACUACCUUCACUCAAGCAGUGAGCCAAAGCUGGUUGAGAAAGUACAACAUGAGUUGUUGGUAGUGUAUGCAAAUCAGCUUCUAGAAAAAGAGCACUCAGGGUGCCGUGCAUUGCUGAGAGAUGACAAGGUGGAUGAUCUCUCCAGGAUGUACAGGCUUUAUCAUAAGAUUGUGCGAGGUUUGGAGCCUCAUGUCACAGCAGAGGGUAACGCACUUGUCCAACAGGCUGAAGACACGGCUACUAAUCAGGCUGCAAAUACUGCUAGCGUGCAGGAACAGGUUCUUAUCAGAAAAGUGAUUGAGCUACAUGAUAAAUACAUGGUCUAUGUCACUGAGUGUUUCCAAAACCACACCCUCUUCCACAAGGCUUUGAAAGAGGCUUUUGAGAUUUUCUGUAACAAAACGGUCGCUGGAAGUUCAAGUGCCGAAUUACUUGCAACAUUUUGCGACAAUAUUCUCAAGAAGGGGGGAAGUGAGAAGCUGAGUGAUGAAGCUAUUGAAGAUACGCUUGAGAAGGUGGUCAAAUUGCUUGCUUAUAUAAGUGACAAGGAUCUUUUUGCUGAGUUCUACAGAAAGAAGCUGGCCCGUAGGCUCUUAUUUGAUCGCAGUGCUAAUGAUGAUCAUGAGAGAAGUAUCCUUACAAAGCUCAAGCAACAAUGUGGUGGGCAAUUUACUUCCAAGAUGGAGGGCAUGGUAACGGAUUUGACAUUGGCAAGAGAAAACCAAAACAACUUUGAGGAGUAUCUAGCCAAUAAUCCCGCUGCAAACCCAGGGAUUGAUUUGACCGUCACUGUGCUUACUACUGGAUUUUGGCCAAGUUACAAAUCAUUCGACAUCAAUCUACCCAGUGAAAUGGUCAAGUGUGUCGAAGUUUUCAAAGGGUUUUAUGAAACGAAAACGAAACAUAGAAAACUUACCUGGAUCUAUUCACUCGGUACUUGUCACGUGACCGGAAAGUUUGAUCAAAAGCCCAUUGAAUUAGUUGUGUCUACUUACCAGGCUGCUGUGCUUCUGCUCUUCAACACAACAGAGAAACUAAGUUACACUGAGAUUCUGACUCAAUUGAACCUUAGCCAUGAGGAUCUAGUCAGGUUGCUUCAUUCCUUGUCAUGUGCUAAGUACAAGAUUCUCAUCAAGGAGCCAAGCACGAAGACGGUUUCCCAGACUGAUGUUUUUGAAUUCAACUCCAAAUUCACCGAUAGAAUGCGCAGAAUUAAGAUCCCUCUUCCUCCAGUUGACGAAAGGAAGAAAGUCGUUGAAGAUGUUGAUAAAGACAGACGCUAUGCGAUUGAUGCUGCCAUUGUCAGGAUCAUGAAGAGCAGGAAAGUAUUGGGACAUCAACAACUUGUUUCUGAGUGUGUCGAGCAACUUAGCCGAAUGUUCAAGCCUGAUAUCAAAGCGAUCAAGAAGCGUAUGGAGGAUUUGAUAACGAGGGAUUAUUUGGAGAGGGACAAGGAGAAUCCUAACAUGUUUAGAUCCAAAGCCCCCGUGGUCAAUUCUGCGCCAGAUUCGCUGCUAAGCGUCCGUCAAGUUUUCCGUCAACCACCAUCUCAGGCGUCUCGGAGUUUCUCUACGGCCUUAAACUACCACCUUGAUUCUCCUGAUAACAAACCUGAUCUUCCAUGGGAAUUUUCUGAGGCAAACAAAUCAAAGGUUAAGGAGAUUCUCUCUUACUAUCCAUCAAACUACAAGCAGUCUGCUGUUAUUCUGCUUCUAGAUCUUGCACAACAGCAGCAUGGAGGCUGGCUCCCUGUUUCAGCAAUGAAUGCGGUUGCUAAAGUUAUAGAAGUUGCUCCUAUCUGUGUUUAUGAGGUUGCAACAUUUUACUCAAUGUUUAACAGGGCAAAGUACCACCUGCUAGUUUGUGGCACAACACCUUGCAUGAUCCGUGGUUCAAGAGAGAUCGAAUCAGCUUUGCUAGACCAUUUGGGAGUGAAACGCGGUGAAGUCACAAAGGAUGGGUUGUUCUCCGUUGGAGAAAUGGAAUGCAUGGGAUGUUGUGUUAAUGCACCCAUGAUCACUGUGGCAGACUAUUCCAAUGGAUCAGAAGGAUAUACAUAUAACUAUUUCGAAGAUGUUACCCCUGAGAAAGUCGUAGAGAUUGUUGAGAAUCUGAAAAAAGGAGAAAAGCCACCGCAUGGAACUCAAAACCCGAAGAGGAUCAAGUGCGGACCAGAAGGAGGAAACAAGACACUGCUCGGUGAGCCAAAGCCACCACAAUUCCGUGAUCUCGACGCUUGCUAA